CCGGCUCCCGCCGUGCAGGGCCGGAGGUCAUCGCUCAGCUGGGUGUGCUACCUGACCAUGGGUCUCCUCGUCCUGCUCCUGGGCUUGGUCUUUGCGUCGAUGUAUGUGUACAGAUACUUCUUCAUCCCCCAGCUGCCCCGCAAGAGCGUGUUUCGCUGCGGUCUCCUUUACGAAGACUCGCUGUAUUCGCCCUUCAAAGAGCAGCUGGAGUUGCAUGAAGACAUCAAGAUUUACAUUGAGGAGAACUACGAGCAGAUCAACGUCCCAGUGCCCCAGUUUGGAGGGAGCGACCCUGCAGAUAUCAUCCAUGAUUUCCAGCGAGGUCUGACAGCUUAUCAUGACAUAACGCUGGAUAAAUGCUACGUCAUCGAGCUGAACACCACUAUCGUGAUGCCUCCUCGCAACCUGUGGGAGCUGCUCGUGAACGUGAAGAAAGGGACGUACCUGCCUCAGACGUACAUCAUCCAAGAGGAGAUGAUCGCGACCGAGCACGUCAGCGACAUGGAGCAGCUCGGCUCCUUCAUCUACCGCCUCUGCAGCGGCAAGGAGACCUACAGGCUGAAGCGGAGGAGCGCGAGGAGACGUAUCAGUCGACGCGAGGCUGGAAACUGUCACCGUAUUCGUCACUUUGAAAACACUUUUGUGGUCGAAACUGUUAUCUGCAAUAAGUCGUGAAGCCACUCUCCAGAUGUAACCUUCCUCGGCUUUGCUUGCACACACAGGCACAUACACGCGCUCAGCCCUCUCUUUAGACAUGGCAAUCUGUCUUUCUUUUUUAACUCCCUCCCCUGCU